CAGGUGUAGUUAGUUACAUUUUAUGUACCCACGCGCUUUCUCCAAGAGUAUUUUAGCGCUUAGACCACUUUGUUGUAACACCUGUGCAGAAGUUCUCGGUGUAUGAUAUUUUUCCAACGAAAGAGCAAAAGAAACUACUCAGGUCUUUGUUCGUCCUCCCAGGCUACGAUGUUUGGAGAACAAGCCUUGGACAACGAUUAACUGUGAUGGUCGAUCCUUCCCUCAAGAGCGACUUCUUGGAUUAUUUGCGCAAGAAUGGAAUAAAACACAGUGUCUACAUUGAGAACGUUGCGAGUUUCAGAAACACAGAUGCAAUUGGAUCAUCCUUUCGGCAUCCCUCUGCCCUUCCACCUGAUCUCUUCAGUGUAUAUCUCUCUCACCAGCAGAUGAGCAACUACUUGGAUCUAUUGGCCAAAAAAUAUCCACCUUUAGUCCAUGUACAAGCCUUUGGUACCAGUUUUGAGAAACGGCGACUUGACAUGGUCAAAAUAUCAACUGAGAAAAGUGGUGUUGAAAAGCCGAUCAUACUAAUAGAUGCUGGUAUUCAUGCCAGAGAAUGGAUUGCCCCAGCAAUGGCAUUAUUUAUUAUCAACCAGCUUGCUGAAAAUGAAACUAAUAGAUAUCUCACUGAAGAAAUUGAGUGGCACAUCUGUCCACUUCUCAAUCCUGAUGGCUAUGAAUAUUCACGGAAAACCGACAUGUGGUGGCGAAAGACACGAUCACAUACAAAGAACAAACAUUGUCGCGGUGUUGAUGGAAACAGAAAUUUUGAUUUCCAUUGGAAUGAAUGUGGUGCUAGCAGUGAUCCAUGCUCAGGUUGUUAUGCAGGAGAAAAGCCCUUCUCUGAAGUGGAAACACAGGCAUUUAGGGCUUAUGUCAUGUCAAUUAGAGAUCGCCUGAAGCUCUACCUUACGUUUCAUAGCUAUGGGCCUGUACUUGUUCCAAACUUCCAAAACAACUUUCCUUUCCUAAAUGCACAUUUUGACAAAUUUCUUUUAUGA